AAUUAAACAAAUGAACCUGGCUCAGCUCAACAGGUCCAACUGGUCUGACCAGAGAAGAGGAAAGGGGAGUGUUCAGAGGAGGCAGUGCUCCUACAUCUAGAAAAACAGAUCCACAAGGAGCAGAGCAGCACUGCAGCGAGUGACGACUUCAGUCAGUUAUGAAGUUUGAUGCAUAUUUCGACUGGACCGGUACACAAAAGGAUUCUUGUGCCUGUGAGAUCAUCUCUUGACGACGUGUUCCGAUAUUCACCAACCUCAGGAGCUCCUGGUCGGAAUCUGUGAAUCGGAUUCCAGUCGGCGCUCUAGCCUCGAACAUCAUCCCACCAACAUGAGCGGUGACCGGGAGGGAACCAGGCAGACCCCCAACGUCAAACCCAAGCUCGGCCAGAAAGAGAAGAACAGCAAGGAGGACAUGAGGAAGGAGAAGCCCACACAAGUGAGGAGAUCGAGGAGCAGCAACUCGGAGAACACGGAAAGGGGCAGGAGGAGAGAACGAGACCGGCACCAGGCAGACCGGAGGCAGCGGGGGAGGAGUGAGGAGGCCCGGGGACGAGACAGGAGACGGGGAGAGAGCGCCCGGAGGAAGGUGAAGCCCCCCGAAGAUGACGUGGAGGACACGGAGUGCGCUGUGUGCUUCUGCUCGUACGAUAACAUCUUCAGGACCCCCAAGCUGCUGGCGUGCGGGCACACCUUCUGCCUGGAGUGCCUCGCUCGCAUCAACGUGACCUCCCCCGAGCUCAAGACGCUGUGCUGCCCGGUGUGCCGCGAGCUGACCGAGCUCCCCCACGGCCGGGACCUGCCCCGCCUGGGCAACAAUGAGGACAUCAUAGGCAAGCUCCCAGCAGACAUGCAGACGGCGCUGUCCAUCCGAUUCAAGCGCAGCAAGGGCAAACUGCUCCUGAAGAACCCUCCCAGCAGCCGCACCAAGUCUAACUUCCUCACCCUGCCUACGAAGAGUCUGCAUGGUCCGGUGGCAGCAGGGGGUGACCUCCACCUGGAUGCACUGGAGCAGGGAAUAGCCCCGACCACUGUGGUGGACGUCGGCAGGCCGCCAAGCCGGGUCAGAGGUCGCCUGCGCAGGCUGUUCCGCUCGGAUCAGUGCUACUACAUCGUGGUGGCGUCCAUCAUCACCAUCACUGUGGCGCUCGUGCUGGUGGGGAUCUUGGCCUUCGUGAUCAUACCGAAUUUGAGCAAUUUUCGGAAGCCGGAUAACGGAGGGAACCAAACGGCACACGGCCCCCCUGACUAGAACCCGUAAAGGGGGACAGGACGGGCUGAAGAGGUGUCACAGAGCAACGCGUCGUGGUCUUUUGUGGUCUCCUUGUGGUCUUGGUGAAGGAGCUCUGCACUGGGACACAUGCCGUCCGGUUUCAUGCAGACUGAAAACAAGGAAAACAAGAGCGACAACAUUUUUUUGAGACGGAGGACAAGCAGACUCGAAGUUGCACAUACGGGCAUUAAACACAGCGAACAGGGCACACUGGUAUGCUUGUUGUUGUUGCUCUUUCUUGAACAUGUUUGUCGUUACUGUGAACGGCAGAACUACUGUACGUGUAAAGGAACUGUCCACAACUAUUAAUAAGCUAUAAAUGCACUAAACUCUAUGAUGAAAAGAUGUCCGAGUGCAUUGGGCUGGUUCCCAUAAUCAGGUCAGGGUUUCUAUAGACCACCAUUGCACAUAGCCAUAGAGGAGUUAUAUAUUUGUAAUGAAGUACCCCCCCCCCCCAGUAUUUCCAGAACACACAAUAAAAAACAACUAAUCUGAAUUAGUUUUGUCCUUCUUCUCUGAGUAAAGUACAGUGGGGACUUCCGGUCCUGUGUUGAGUGAAAACAGGCCUUUCAGGGAACCAGCUCCUCUUCAGACACCCGAUACCCUCUGGUGAUGUAAACAGACCAGCGACCAGGAGGGGGGCUUGAGUUUGGAUGUUCACCCUGCCGCUCCUCUCUGUUGGCAGGCGGACCAACUCGUUUGACAGCAUACGUUCCUCCUUUUUACUGAGCUGCUCAGAAAGGGCGUCUGUUCACAGCUGUGACGGGGAGACGGGGGCUCGUGGCCGGUAAGAGGCCACCCGACGCUUCGAUGUGGGACGGCCAACACGUGUGGUGACUCGUGGAAGACCACGACACACUGCAGGAAUAUAACAGGUGUUAUAUACAUCGGAGAGUUCAGUAGCCAUGCAGGUUGAACAAGUAAUGUGCUCAUUGCAGUAUUUAGUAUUUAAAACCAACAACAAAAUAAUUACGACACAUUUUAUACCACUCCAUUUAUCUGAUAGUUACUUUGCAGAUUAAGACUUGACAUAAAAAGCUGAGAAUGAUGAUCAGCCAAGAAGUAUUCAGAUCCUUUACUCUGUAUUGUAAUAAUAAUAAUAAUGUGAAAAUACUUUGACAAUUAGAAAUCCUGCAUUUGUAAUAGUAUCAAAAGUAAAAGAAAAAUGGCCCGUGUGACUGAGAUAUUAUGAUUCUGUUAUUAUUAACGUUCAAUCAAUGAAUAAGCCUUUGUUUUAGCUUGUUGAGCUGCAGCUAGUUUUAACCUUAUGUACGAAAAAAGGUUGAGAAAUGAUUUGUGUUCUAAAAUGGGAAAACAUGGGAAAAUUAAGCACCAUAAAGUUGUUUUGUAUUUGUA